CUCUAUGGGGAGGCAGGAGGAGGAGGAGGGAGGACGGGAGCUGACUCAGCGGAGCAGUGCGGCAUGUUUUCCCGGGAGCGCGGCUGCCCGGCCGGCGCCUCUGGCGGGAGUUCUGAGGAGAGGGUGUGCUGCUUUAGUGAUGCUAUAGACGCUACCACCCAAGGCUUUCCAUGUACUCUUGUUCCUGCUCUCCUCAACAAGACUGUGGACUUGUUUGAGAUGAUUGAAAAAAUGCAGGGCAGUCGUCUGGAUGAACAAAGAUGUUCCCUUCCAGCUCCUCUGAAGACAGAAGAGGAGUAUAUACCUUACCCCAGCAUCCACGAAGUAUUACAGAAAGGGUGGCCAUAUCCUCUCAUUAUCUUACCCCAGUUUGGGGGCUACUGGAUUGAAGGGACUAGCCACAACCUCUCCAGCUUGAGUCCAGCUCUGUCAGACGUACCCUUUCCCCGGAGUGGUAAAGUGAAACUGGAGAGUGACCCUACAGCCAACCUGUACCGCAAACAUUUCCUGGGGAAGGAGCACCAGAACUUUUACUCCAGUGACAUGUCCUUGGGCUACCUGAUACUUUCUGUGAAGUAUGAGCUGAUUGAGAAACAGGAAAAUCUACGCCUGUUGCUGAGGUCUCGGACUGGUACCAAACAUGACCUUAUCCCCAUUUCCUGUCUGAAUGAGUUUCCCAAUGCUGUCCAGAUGGCAAAGCUACUGUGUGAGGAUGUGAAUGUUGAACGCUUCUUUCCUGUCCUCUACCCCAAGGCUUCACAGCUUAUUGUUGCAUUUGAUGAACAUGUCAUAAGCAAUAACUUCAAAUUCGGGGUCAUCUACCAGAAACCUGGACAGACAACUGAAGAAGAAGUCUUCAGUAAUGUAGAAGAAAGUCUGGGUUUCCUGGAGUUUCUGGAUUUCCUUGGUGACAAGAUUCAGCUGCAAGAUUUCCGUGGGUUCCGGGGAGGCUUGGAUGUCACUAGAGGUCAAACGGGCACUGAGUCGGUCUAUACAAAUUUCCGGGGCAAGGAGAUCAUGUUUCAUGUGUCUACAAAGCUGCCCUUCACAGAGGGAGAUUCCCAACAGCUUCAGCGGAAGCGUCACAUUGGGAAUGACAUAGUAGCCAUCAUCUUCCAGGAUGAAAGCACACCUUUUGUCCCUGAUAUGAUUGCUUCUAAUUUCCUACAUGCUUAUGUUGUAGUUCAACUCACUCAUGGCACCACAGGAGACACUUUCUACAAGGUUUCUGUCACAGCCAGAGAUGAUGUCCCCUUUUUUGGACCCCCUCUGCCAAAUCCAGCCAUAUUUAGAAAGAGUGCAGAGUUUCGUGAAUUCCUCCUGGUCAAGCUCAUAAAUGCUGAGUACAGCUGCUAUCGAGCUGAGAAAUUUGCUAAAUUAGAGGAAAGAACCCGGAGUGCCCUCUUGGAGAGCCUUUUUGAGGAGCUGCAGCUUCGCAGCCGCAGUAUGAUGGGAUUGCCUUUAGGGGAGGAUGACAAGAUAGAGAACGGCAGCGGUGGCUUCCUUGAGAAUUUCAAGCGGGUGAUCAGAGGCCGCAGCCAGAGCCUGGAUACCAUGGGGAUAUCCAUGAGAAAGCAGCAGCCGCCCGCCUUGCCCAGCCGCCCUGCUACAGCUGGCCUUGCCCUCAGCCAGAGUGUCGCCGAGGGCCCCAAGGCCAUUGCUGCGUCUUUUGCCUUGCCUGGCAGGAGCCCAUCACGUACUCGAGGCAGCCGCUUCCAUGGGCGACGGAGCAGUGCCAUUGGCAUUGAGAACAUACAGGAGGAGAAAGGAGAUGCUGCAGAGAGGAUACAGAAGGUGCUGGACAGUCCAGGAACUUUGUUUGACCUGAAGUCUGAUGGAUCAUCUAGUCCUAGCUCCCCAGAGUUUCCCAGCAGGAAGAGCAAAAUGAUCAGGAGUCAGACCUCAGGGUAUUGUGUGAUGCAGCCAUUCUCAUGUUCUUCAUCCAGUGUAAGCACUUGUAGUGGUUUGAGGGAAAAUGAAACAUCUGAGGAAGAGGACAAUGACAGGGAGCUGAUGUGCUCUCUCAAGGGCCCUCCAAAGCAGGAUUCAGUGGUUCAGAGUAUGUGGCUAGAUGACAGUGACUGCACACCCAGUACUUCCAGCUCGCCAGGAAGAAGGUUGCUUCCUUCCAGCAGUGUAGCUGGCUCCACUGGAAAAGGAAAAGGCAGUAAAGCAGAUGCUCGGCACCAUAAGCCAGAUUUGCUGUUCAAGUGAACAAGCGUGAAUAUGCUUUACCUUAAAGUUCAGAAAGAGACAAAAAAUGGAAUUCCAGCUGCUGCUAGAUCUUCUGAUUCCUUCAGCAAUGCAUCACAGCCAAUUGCUAAGAAAUCAAGUCUCAUACAAAUCAAAUGAAUUCAUGUGUGUUAUUCCAGUUCAGCUAAUAUAGGACUAGGUUCAAACUAUUUCAAUAUGAAAUUUCUAAAUCCUGAAAUCAGAAGGGAGAGUGAAAAAUGAAGAGGUUUGUUUUUUAUUGUUUCUCAAUCCUUCCCUCUGCUGACUACAUGAUGGGAAAUCCCACACAGCCGUAACCAAAUCACCUCUGGAUAGGCAGCAAUUAGGCCACCCCUGAGGAAGCAAAACAGUCUGGUUCAACUGCCAGCUGAACUUCCAUGGUAUUCCUGCCCCUCUAUUCUGCCUUGGUGAGGCUGCAUCUGGAAUAUUGUGUCCAGUUCUGGGCCCACAGUUCCAGGACAGGGAACUGCUUGAAAGAGUCCAGGGCAGAGCCACAAAGAUGAUGGAGUUGAACAUCUCCCUGAUGAGGAGAGGCUGAGGGAGCUGGGUCUCUUUAGCUUGGAGGAGGCUGAGGGGCGACCUCAUCAGUGUUUACAGAUAUGUUAAAGGCGAGUGUCAGGAGGAUGGAGCCAGGCUUUUUUCAGUCCUGUCCAGUGAUAGGACAAGGGGCAAUGGGUGCAAACUGGAGCCUAGGAGGUUCCAUGUGAAUAUCAGGAAGAACUUCUUUCCUGUGAGAGUGACAGAGCCCUGGAAGAGGCUGCCCAGAGAGGUUGUGGAGUCUCCUUCUCUGGAGACAUUCAAAACCCGCCUGGAUGCGUUCUUGUGUGAUGUGCUCUGGGUGAACCUGCUCUGGCAGGGGAGUUGGACUGGGUGAUCUUCUGAGGUCCCUUCCAACCCCUAAGAUUCUGUGAUUCACCACUGUCCUCUGAAGACAUCACUGUAAAACUAACAUUAAUUAAAAAUACUGCAAGGUCUGGGGCUAGUGUCUGAGAACACGUGUGUGGUCAUGUCCUCAAAUGUCAAGUCACUGCAAAGCAAGGUGUAUAAACUACUGUCCAGGAGGAGGACAGUUCCUUUUGAAACAGUUGAUUGGUUCCCCACAUUUCACUCUGGGAUUCAACUCUCCUCUCUUCCACUCUUCUCUCGUGUCCCCUCCAAUUGCCAUCCUGCAGAGUAAAAGAAGUGUGAAUAACUUGUCCUGUGCUUCUAUUGUCUGUGUAGUAUCUUGGACUUAAAGUAAAAGGA